UGACCAAUGUCAUGUCAACUUGUCAUCUGUCAUCUAAGAAAAACACGUGAAAUUAUUUUGAAUUGAACAUUUUAAUUAAACUAUAUAUUUUGUGAUAGAUGGCCGAUGAUGCUGUAUUUGAUAAGAAAAAGGCUCACCGAGCCAAACUUGCCGGCAGAAAAGCGGAAAAGAAGAAAAAGAAAAAUCAAGUGGAUCAAUCUAACCUAAGUGCGCGGCAGAGAAAUCCCAAAGCUUUCGCUAUACAGUCUGCAGUGAGAGCUGAAAGGCAAUUUAGAAGACGAGAAGAUGUUAUCGCAAAGAAGCAACACAUCCCUCAAGUAGACAAAACCCCGUUAGAACCUCCCCCUAUCAUAGUAGCGGUGGUCGGCCCCCCGAGGGUCGGUAAAACGACUUUAAUAAAUAACCUCAUAAAAAGCUUUAUUAAAACGAACGUAACAAGCACCAACGGGCCUAUCACGAUCGUAACUUCGAAAAAACGUCGUAUGACAUUAAUCGAGUGUAACAAUGACAUAAAUUCAAUGAUUGACAUAGCAAAGUGUGCUGAUCUUGUCUUGUUGCUCUGCGACGCUAGUUUUGGCUUUGAAAUGGAGAUAUUCGAGUUCUUAAAUAUCUGCCAAGUGCACGGUAUGCCUAAAAUUAUGGGCGUGCUGACACAUUUAGAUAUGAUAAAAAAUGCAAAGAAAUUAAAAAUGACCAAAAAGACAUUGAAACACAGGUUCUGGACGGAGGUAUACUCCGGCGCAAAACUAUUUUACCUCUCGGGCAUCAUUCAUGGCGAGUAUUUAAGGAAUGAAAUAAAGAAUCUGUCUAGAUUCAUUUCAGUGAUGAAGUUUAGGCCGUUGAGUUGGCGGUUGACUCACGCUUACCUACUAGCGGACAGGUUGGAGGACAUCACCAAUCAGGAGAGCAUAAGGAAGGAUCCCAAGACCAGUAGGGAUGUAGUGUUGUAUGGUUAUGUCAGAGGAGUGCCUCUGAUGAAAGAUUCUGCUGUACAUAUAGCAGGUGUUGGUGAUAUGAAGAUAAGUGAGUUAUCAUACUUACCAGACCCUUGCCCUUUACCUAACAGUGAGAAAAAACGACACUUAAUGGAGAGAGAAAGACAAAUAUAUGCACCUUUCUCUGGUGUUGGAGGCAUUGUUUAUGACAAGGAUGCUGUGUACAUUGAACUUAAAGGAUCGCAUUCCCACAAAAUUGAAGAUGAAGAGACAAAUGAGAAAAAAGCUUUGCUCAAAAAUGUUGUUGAAACGAAGGAAACACUUGAUGAACAAAUGCAAGACACUGGCUUCAAACUAUUUAGCGGUGGUGCUGUUAUCUACCCAGAUAUGUUGAAGGAUGAUGAAUACUUGAAUCACAAUACAAAUAAUGAAAAAAAUAAAAGUUUGGAUGAGUCAACUUCAGAAACUGAGAGUGACUCUGACAAUGAUAGUGGUAUUGAUCAAAGUGAAAAAGAUACAGAUGUAAAGUUACCAUGGAAUAACAAUUUUGAAUCUGAAGACGAUGAUAAUGAUGAGGACAUGGACACAGAUGAAAAACUUCCUAAAAAUGCAUCUAAAAUAGAUGAUGUACACAGUUCUGAUGAUGAUGAAGAAGAAGAAGAUUUUAAUAUAAAAUGGAAAGAAAAACUAUCUGAAAAAGCCACUAUGGCAUACUUUGAAAGACAGAGAACAUCGAGAAAUAUAAUGAAACUUGUUUAUGGUGAAUUUGAAAUAGGAAAUAAAACAAAAGAACCAGAGGAAAGUGAAGGUCAAAGUGACGAGGAAGAGAUAGGUGGACUAUUCAAAAAGGUUACUAGCACUCAAAAGAAAAAGCAUAAGGAAAAAGAACAGUUAGAUCUUGAUGAAUGUUCAUUUUUCUAUUCACUAGAUAAACCUAAGUUAAGAGACUGGCUAAAUGAAGCAAAUAAACAAUUGAUUGCAAAUAGUUUUGUUACUGGUAAGAGAUCUGCUGAUGAAGAUGCAGCAGAGCUGUUGAAGUUGGAUGACGCUAGUGAUGGUGAUGAUGAAAUGUAUGGCGACUUUGAAGAUUUAGAAACAGGUGAAAAACAUGAAGGUGAACAAAAAACUGAGGAAAAUAAAGAAAUAAGUUCUAAAAGGAAAGCAGAGCCAACAAAAUCUGAAAUUCUCAACAAGAAAUUAAAAUUAAAAGCUAAAUUUGAUGCAGAAUAUGACAAUCCAGAUGAUCAUAGAAUUAAAGGUGACCAUUCUUAUUACGAGAAUCUAAAAGCAGAGGCUUUGAAACAGUCUGAACUGAAUAAAUCUGUUUUUGAAAACUUGGAUGAUGGUUUAAGAAUUGAAGUGGAAGGGUUCAGGCCAGGAUUAUAUGUCAGAAUGUUAUUUAAAAAUAUGCCUUCAGAAUUUGUGACCAAUUUUGAUUCUAGUUAUCCCCUGCUGAUUGGUGCUCUGAAUAUGGCAGAACAGAACAUUGGUUUUGUGUCAUGUAAAGUAAAAAAGCAUAGGUGGUACAAGAAGAUUCUAAAAACAAAUGACCCAUUGAUAAUAUCAUUAGGAUGGCGUCGGUUUCAAACUUUACCCAUUUAUUCUAAAAUAGAAGAUGAUCUGAAAUGUAGAUAUUUAAAAUAUACCCCACAACAUGUCACAUGUAACAUGCAUUUUUAUGGUCCAAUAACACCUCAAAACACAGGUUUCUUAGCCUUACAGACUGUUAGCAACAACUCAAACGAAAUAAAUAAAUUAGGUUUUAGGAUAGCAGCAACAGGUAGCGUAAAUGAAAUCAAUAAAUCAACGCAGAUAAUGAAAAAAUUAAAACUAGUUGGUACUCCAUUAAAAAUUUACAAGAAAACUGCUUUUAUCAAAGACAUGUUUACGAGUACUCUGGAGGUAGCUAAGUUUGAAGGUGCUAGAGUUAAAACUGUAUCAGGUAUACGAGGUCAGAUUAAGAAAGCUCUUAAUAAGCCUGAGGGAGCAUUCCGAGCGACAUUUGAAGACAAAAUUUUAAUGAGUGAUAUAGUUUUUUGUAGAACUUGGUUCAAAGUAGAUGUCACUAAAUUUUAUGCUCCAGUUGUUAACUUGUUGCUGCCAGUUGGUAAUAAGAAUGCAUGGGAAGGUAUGAAAACUAAAGGUCAGCUGAAACGGGAACGAAAUAUUAUGAACGACGCGAACAAAGAUUCAAUGUAUACAGAAAUUGUAAGAGAACCUAAAGUAUUCAAGCCCUUAGUAAUCCCCAAAGAGUUACAAAAGGGUUUACCUUACAAACUAAAACCUAAAGUGAAAACUACAACAUUAACUAAAAAUAAUAGAAAGCCAUCAAUAUUAGCAAACAAAGUAGCAGUAAUUAAAAGCCCGCAUGAGCAAAAGAUUUCCAAUGUUAUGAAAAUGUUGAAAACUAACUUUGAAAGGAAAGUCAAAGUUCAGAAGGCUACAAUGAAAGAGAGAAUUAAGAAACAUAAGAAACAACAGGAGGCAGAAGAAUGGCAAAAAAUUAAGCGUCAAAAAGAAUUAAAAAAGAAAAUCUGUAGACAGUUGAGUAAGAUGUCAAGUAAGAAACAAAAGCAAAUGUAAGUUUUGUUAAUUGUUCAUUAAAAAAUAUAAUAAUUUAAGUAUU